CCUGUAGGAGUAAAGAUAAUAAGGCCAUAAAGUAACACUUCAUGUUUAUUAUCUGGUUAGGGGUCACACUUAAGAUAUGUUGAAGUAGCGUACUAGUAUCUUUUUUGGCAAACCCUCACCGCUGGCAAUUACACCCGUUACAUCGGUGUGAAUAAUGCCGUCCUAUCCUUAUUAGUAUUACUAUAUUACAUCUUGACCCAAUUCAUUAUCAUGUAUUUUUUUGUAGACACCAAAAGUUCCGACUUGGCAGCGGCAAAAGCUCUCUUGCAUGUCUUGAAAUCAACGGAAGCUUCCCCUUUCUCCCAAUAGGCAUCAUACAAUGUAUGUCCAGUCCAUGUACAAUACAUGCACCUCUGCUCUGGCAAUAUUUUUAACAAACACCUUGAUUUGUCCUCAGAUGUUUGGACCAACGCCCUUGCGAGGAGGAGGGAUGGAUGUGUGCUUUCAUCCAUAGAAAGCCACACAGAGUCUGAGGCGGAGUCGAAUCAGAAUCGGAGCGGACAGAGGCAGCUGCCAAAGAGACGAAGAGAGUCACCAAAGAAGUACACAAAUAUGGAAUGGGGCAGAAUGGAGGAGUCAGAUAUGUCAGAACAUGAGGAAGAGACCCAACCAUUCGUAAUGCGUAGGUCACCAAGAAAAGGAAAAACACCUAGCAACCGUCGUCAAAGUCCAACCCAAGGAGCCUCGAACUUUUUGGAUUCUCAAAAAUCACCGAUGCGGUCCCCAAACCUUCCAAACCCACCUCGGAGGACAGAAAUAAUAACCCCAGUGUCAUUUUCCACAUCCAGUGUCAGGAAGCAACACAAUGUGAAUAUGCCAAGAAGUUCAGGGCAGUUGAGUGCGCAGUUUAGUUCACCUUCAGCAAGCGAUUCUGUAUGCAGAGAACUUGGUGUGGGCUUCAGGCAACCGAGUCACGAGAUUGAGAGGGGCAGUACCAGUAUAACAAUGGAUGCUGCAACUGUUGCCAGGUUCUUCACCUACUUCGAAGACAUGAAGAGGGAACUUGCCUAUUUGAAGAAAAUGGUCACGCAAGUGCAUGUUGCACAGAAUAGGACUGAUGAUGAUCAUUCGGAUGUAGAGGAACAAAUGUUCCCUCUGAAUGAUAAUGAUCAACUGAUGGCAUUGGAGAGGGAGUUAAAUGAUCGCAAGAUGAGGAAGAAAGUUUUGAAGUUCCUCUGCUCAAUUGGCGGUCACAAUCUGGGUGAUGCCCUCACAAGAAUUUUGAAUGCGCUAAUGAAGCCAGCAAUAAGCUGCAACUACACGCUGCAUGGGAAAGGAAAGAAGAAGAGUUUCAAAGCUCUGAAGCUGUAUUCUAUAAUCUGCAAGACCAUCAGCAAAACCAAACAGUUCGAGAGUGUUACUCUGAAGGAAAUCGAUAUGCUUGUGGGGAAAUGGCUGACUGGUUCAUCUGACCGAGACGGUGGCCGCAAUAGACGUCGUGAACGUACGGCCGCUGCUGCUCUACCUGCCGCUGCUGGUGCGCCACCUGCUGCUGCUGGUCUGCCACCAGUCUCUGACACUUCAGAUGUGGAUUAAGACUUUCAUUAUUUAAUUAUUGGAUUAAGACUUCACUACCAUUAAUUUCUGCGAAAAGAUGGUGUUUCCAAUGAGAAAACCAUUAGAUUAAUAAUUUUCACGCCACUAACAUUAAAAUUUUGACCCCCUACCGCGAAACUUGGGAAAAUAUUAGGUUCACGAAAAUACAGUAUUGGAGAAAUAUAUCUUUAAGUAACUUACUUAUUAGUUAUGCGAAUUGUUUUGCAUCUCCUCGACUUUCAAGAUUUGCAGUACUGUACUGGAUAUGGUAUGAACUUAAAACUGAAUGUGGUUAUUUUUGGAGAGUAAAAAGUGGGAAAAUUUAUAUUCUAUAUACUAGUACAUGCAAUUAUUUUUGUCUAAAAAGCAAUGGCCAAUGCUAACGUAAACCUUGAAAUUUUGGGAGUGUUUUAUUUUCGCACAUGCACUGUUAAGAGCAAACUUGACAAUAUUUCAGGUCUCAAAUUUCUGCAGUAAUGUACAUGUAAACACAGAAUUUUGCCGGUCGCCAUUUGCAAACUUUUAGCACUGAAUAAGUUUCACGGUUUACAGUUACGGAUAGUAUUUCUAACAUAUCUAAGUUCUUGAGUUGACUUGUAGACUUGACUUGUUCGUGAUUGCUAUUAAUUUUAAUUUGAUUGGUUAACGAAGUGAUGAAUAUGUAUUUGGGUAUUCUAACCAAAUCAGAAUCGAGUAUAUUGGAAAGUGUGCCAUGUGAGAAGCAAAAUGUUCUGCCUUAAACUUUAUUCUGACAUGUCUGAAACACUCGCUGUUUUUUGUCUACAAUGCAUGUACACUUGUUGGGAUGAAUAUAUUCCACUGAAAGUUUUUGAAUUACAUCUACAUGGUUGUAAUAAAUAAUAAAUAGCGAGUAAUUAUUCUAAA